UUACGUUUAUUUGUUACAAAAACAAUUAAUUUAUUAAAUUUAUGUAAAGAUCAAAGAUAUUAUAGUGUAUUUCCACUUCGUUAUAUUAAACCAAUAUAUAAUAAGGAAGAACAACAAAAUUUACGUGUAUCAAACGAAAUAAAAGAAAUUGUUAAUAAAUCUAUUAAACCAGCAACAACCACGGAUACAUGUUCAGUAUUUUAUGAUAAUAUGGUAAAUCAAUUUACAAAUUAUAUUAUGAGAAAAGGAGAUAAAAAAUUAGCAAGAUCGUUACUGGAAGAAACUUUUGAAGCUAUUAAAUUAAUGCAAUUACAGCAUUAUCAUAAAGCUGAUCCUAGUCAAAAAAAUAAUAUUGAAUUAGAUCCAAAAGUAAUUUUUAGUAAGGCUAUUGAGAAUGUUACACCAAUUUUAGAAUUAAAGAAUCAUAGAAAAGGUGGUAUAAAUUAUAAGAUUCCUGUAGCAGUAAGUGAAAAUAGAGCUAAAUUUAUGGCAAUGAAUUGGUUAAUACAAGCAGCAAAAAGUAAAGAUAAAUCUGUACAUUUUCCCCAACAAUUAGCAAAAGAGUUUAUAGAUGCUUUUCAUAAACGGGGUCGUGUUAUUGUAAGAAAGCAUGAUUUGCACAAGGAAUGUGAUGCGAAUCGUGCUUAUGCUCACUUUAGAUGGUUGAAGCAAUAAUAAAAAUAAAAUAUUUUGUUUAAUUAGAUAUAUUUGGAUAUUAUAAUAUGUACAUUAAAUCAUUAACUUUAAAGUCUAAAUAUAUAGAUAUUAUUCAUAAUCACCUAA